CAAGCUUCAAAAGUUCGAACACUUCGAACCAUCGUAAACCUGGCCAAAACCACGAAAACUAAUGCUCAGCAACUUCUAUCAUAUUUUUUAAGAAAUCCUUAGCAGUAAGCACAAUAAAAUAGACACUUUUUAAGCAGAAAAGUCUGUAAGAUAAACCAUGUUUGCUAGAAACCCUAAACUGACAAGAGUUUUCACAAAUUUGAUAAGAUUGGAAAACUAUGCUACUAAAGGUUCAAAACCAGAGAUACCAAAGAAUCCCUUAGCAUCAACUUACACAGCCUCAAACCAAAAAGACAAUGGUGUAGUGUAUGACAAGAAACCAUUCAAACUGACACUGGAAGCUGGGAAAACAUAUCAUUGGUGCCUAUGUGGACGAUCCAAAUCCCAGCCGCUUUGUGAUGGGACACACAAAGACCACUAUCUUAAAGUAACACAAAGGCCUGUAAGAUUUACAGUAGAAAAGACUAAAGAUUACUGGUUAUGCAACUGUAAACAAACUAAAAACAGACCAUUCUGUGACGGGGCACACAAACAGAAGGAUGUUCAAGAAGCAGGCACUGUCAGACUGUAGAAUACUGGACUGGAUCACACAUAGCCUUUUGUGUAGUUACAUCAUGUUAGUAUAGUAUUUGUUGUCCUUUUGUUAAUGUGCUGAGUUCACAAAAUAAAGCAUUGAUAUUUAUUGUCUGAUA